AUGGACAAUCUCAUUCAAGUGACACCCACAAAAAGGAAUCGGAGAGGAAAGGUUGUUCAUUCUGGCCAGAAACAAAUCGUCAUAAAUAUAUACAAAGAUCUAUUGAAAACAGAACCUGAUAUAAAAUAUGAUAAUUUAUUGAACAAAAUAUCUACAAAAAGUGGUAUUGGAAUCGGAACAAUUAAAAGGACUAUCAGAGAAUAUAAACGAGAAAUUCCGACUUUACCGAAAAUGUUACAAGUGAUAAACGAUGACCCUGAUCUUCCUAGUUUUUCACGUACUUCACUUCAAAGGUUGUUGAAGGACUUGCAAUUCGAAUACACCAAAAGAAAUAGAAACAGUGCUCUUACUGAAAGAGAGGAUCUUAUUUUAUGGAGACGGAAAUAUAUUGCUGACAUACGACGUUAUCGCAAAGAAGGAAAAACAAUUUAUUUUUUGGACGAGACGUGGAUCAACGCCGGGGAUUGUUCAUCAAGAGUGUGGUUCGACAAAACUGUGAAAUCACACAGAGAUGCGUUUAACAGAGGCUUAACUACCGGGUCAAAGAAUCCUACUGGAAGAGGCAAGCGGCUCAUUGUUGUUCACAUUGGGUCGACCGAGGGUUUCGUCGCAGGUUGUCUUUUGUGUUUUGAAUCCAAAAAAAACACAUCAGACUACCACGACGAAAUAAACGGCGAUACAUUUUUCGAAUGGUUCUGUAGCGUUUUACCUUUAUUAAAAGACGACUCGGUUAUAGUGAUGGAUAACGCACCGUACCAUUCGGUGAAAAAAGAUCACCUACCGACCCCCUCAUGGACGAAGAUCAAACAUCAAUACGACUUGUUUAUUGUUGACGAAGAGGCGAAAAAACACAAUCAAAUUGUAUUGCGUUUACCACCGUACCAUUGCGAACUUAAUCCAAUUGAGUUGGCAUGGUCGGUGGUAAAAGGACAUGUCAAAAAAAAUAAUACGACAUAUAAAUUGAACGACGUUCGUCAAUUAUUUAACGACGGUAUAAAAAAGGUGACACCUGAAAUGUGGUCCAAUUUUGUGUCACAUACGAUUAAAGAAGAGGACAAAUUUUGGCAGUUGGACUUCAUUUCUGAUGAGAUGUUGGAAGAAACACAGGCAUCGACAUCGCACGUGUUAACUAUAACCGGAGAGACGACUUCUGAUUCAGAAAACAGUGAUUGA